AUAAGCGCAACCCCAUUUUGUAGUGGUGAAAUACCGAAAAGAACCAAAUUAGGCUAAAUGUCAUGUUUACUUUUCAAUUUUCAUUUCUCGGAGUCUGAGCCGUGGUUUCAGAAGGUAAUAGGAUAUAGCGAGAGAGAGAGAGAGAUAAUAUAAGAAAACCCUAUAUAGGAUUUAGGCAGAAUUUUAAACCUAUUUAAGAUAAAUAUAUGUGAUUAUUUUUAACAUGUUUGCUCCACGUUCCCUUUUAUGAUUUUUCCUCAGUACGAUACUGGUGCCAGUGCCGGUGGGCACAAUAUGGCUGCUGGGUCCCUUUUCAUUUUGGCCACAAAAAUGUUACAUCUGAAGCUGAUGUUCAGUUUUGUGUGUGUGCUAUCCAAGUGUCUGUAACUCUCUAACUCACUGACUGUGGGGUUUAGAGGCUAUGGAUAUGGAUUGGGGUCCAGAGGCUGUGGAUUGGGGUUUAGAGGCUAUAGAUUGGGAUUUGGGGUCCAUAGGCUAUAGAUUGGGUUUGGGGUCCAGAGGCUAUGGAUUGGGAUUGGGGUCCAUAAGCUAUGGACUGGGGUUCAGAGGCUAUGGAUUGGGGUCCAGAGGCUAUGGACUUUAGAGGUCAUGGAUUGGGGUUUAGAGGCUAUGGACUGGACUUAAGAUGCUAUGGAUUGGGGUCCAGAGGCUAUGGAUUGGGAUUGGGGUCCAGAGGCUAUGGACUGGGCUUUAGAGGCUAUGAACUGGGCUUUAGAGGCUAUGGAUUGGGGUCCAGAGGCUAUGGAUUGGGAUUGGGGUCCAGAGGCUAUGGACUGGGCUUUAAAGGCUAUGGACUGGGCUUUAAAGGCUAUGGACUGGGCUUUAGAGGCUAUGGACCUGGCUUUAGAGGCUAUGGACCUGGCUUUAGAGGCUAUGGACCUGGCUUUAGAGGCUAUGGACUGGGCUUUAGAGGCUAUGGAUUGGGGUCCAGAAGCUAUGGAUUGGGAUUGGGGUCCAGAGGCUAUGGACUGGGGUUUAGACGCUAUGGACUGGGGUUUAGACGCUAUGGACUGGGGUUUAGAUGCUAUGGACUGGGGUUUAGACGCUAUGGACUGGGGUUUAGACGCUAUGGACUGGGGUUUAGACGCUAUGGACUGGGGUUUAGACGCUAUGGACUGGGGUUUAGACGCUAUGGACUGGGGUUUAGACGCUAUGGACUGGGGUUUAGACGCUAUGGACUGGGGUUUAGACGCUAUGGACUGGGGUUUAGACGCUAUGGAUUGGGGUUCAGAUGCUAUGGACUGGUGUUUAGACGCUAUGGACUGGGGUUUAGACGCUAUGGACUGGGGUUUAGACGCUAUGGACUGGGGUUUAGACGCUAUGGACUGGGGUUUAGACGCUAUGGACUGGGGUUUAGACGCUAUGGACUGGGGUUUAGACGCUAUGGACUGGGGUUUAGACGCUAUGGAUUGGGGUUCAGAUGCUAUGGACUGGUGUUUAGACGCUAUGGACUGGGGUUUAGACGCUAUGGACUGGGGUUUAGACGCUAUGGAUUGGGGUUUAGAGGCUAUGGACUGGGGUUCAGAUGCUAUGGACUGGGGUUUAGACGCUAUGGAUUGGGGUUUAGAGGCUAUGGACUGGGGUUUAGACGCUAUGGAUUGGGGUUUAGAGGCUAUGGACUGGGGUUUAGACGCUAUGGAUUGGGGUUUAGAGGCUAUGGACUGGGGUUUAGACGCUAUGGACUGGGGUUUAGACACUAUGGAUUGGGGUUCAGAUGCUAUGGAUUAGCCCAAGGACAAGACAAGGCACUUCUUUGAAUGACUGAUGUUAAUUUUGUUGUUUUGCCCUACAUUUUCCUGUGCAGGCCCAGACUGGGAUUCAAAAUAGGCCCUGGCAUUUUAAGCACUCGAGGGCCCAAACAGCCCCCCCAGCCGCCCAAUAAAUAGUGAGCUAUCUCUCAGCAUCAUACAAACAACCCCUUUAAAGCAUUGCAUUUUUUUUAGGCUUAUUCCCAGGACAAAUAUGCUGUAUUAACCCCUCACCCCCCAGCUGUGCAGUUACUUGCAGCCCCAUAGAUGUAUUAAAAGACAAAUCUGAUCCCUUGGCUUCCUGAUUUGUGCAGGUUGCAUUAAUGGGGCACAUGUCCUGUAGGCUUAUGUACAAGAGAUGUGUGGGUAUAUAGUGAAUUAUGUACCCCCUAUUGUAACAUAUAGGGAUAUUAUAAGCCCCAGAGGAGUUCCUUAUAAUAUAUAGUGAAUA